CUUAGAAACACGGAUUUCAGAAGGGUGCGUUUCUUUCUUCAACGCUCAUCCAUUCCCGGCCGGCUGACAAGCUGAGGUUUUCCUGGUGAAAUGUAUAAUCAUAAAAAUGGAACAUUACACAUAUAUAGGAUGUGAGAUUUCUGAAGUGCCUUUAUCUGAUGCUGCUCAGAGGAUUAUGUCAGCUUUACAGUCUGUUCCUAUAGGAACUCAGACUAGCAGAAAAAAUAACCAGAGUAUAGAGAAGACUGAGGAAAAUAAGCUAGGUGAUAAGGAUUCACAUCUGAAAAAUGAAAAGGAAAUUAAUGAUUGCACAAUUGCCUUAUUAAAAUCAUCUGCCAGCCCUGCAAGAAAUACUGCUGGUCAGAAAGUCAGGACAGUACAUACCAAUGAAAUGCUUUCUUAUCAAGCUACCAAAAUACUGAGCUAUUACCAGGAUUUAGACUUGCCUAAAUGGGGAUAUGGAGAAAAACUUCUUUCAGUAGAAGAAAAAAACCUGAAGGAUGGUGAAAAGAAUGUAGCUACUCCCCUUAAAAGAAAGCAAGAUGUACCUACAUGUCAUUUGGAGAAAAAAAGAUUACCUGUAAAGAACUAUGCUUCACAUGAAAGAAGAUAUAACUGGACUUCCAGAGAAGCAGAGUUUUCUGAAAAUUAUCCUUGUGAUAUCAGGAGUUUGGGAUAUGAAGAAAAAAGAGAACUGCUUGCAAAUAUAGAGCAGGCAGUGGCUUUUGUAACUACUAUGAUAUUUCAAGAUGGUUCUUCACAGCUCAACUCAGAGCAGGUCUUAACUUCAUCAGUAAAAGGAAUUGUUAUAUUAGUGAAGAAUCAGACAGAUCGCCUUUGUUCUCCCAGUUACUCUUCAAGUGACCGUACUUGGAAUGCUGCUGAUGGAAGUGACAAAUUAAUUUAUUUAAAAACUGAAUGGUCACCUCUUUGGGAACAAGAAGCACAGGCUCAUAAGAAAUUUGCUUGGCGAGUGUUGUUUCAAAUGCUGCGUUGCAAAGGUCCAGUUAUUUGCUUCAAUGCAAAAGAUUUUCUGAGGACAGUACUUCAAAUUUAUGGUAAUGAAAUAAACUGGAAACAAGUUGCUGAUAGCGUCGUGUUAGAUCCAAGGAUUGCAGCAUGGCUGAUAAACCCCAGCGACACAGUUCCCUCUUUUGAAUGUUUGACGCAGAAGUAUUUUGAAAAAUCCUUUUCUAUGGAAACAGAAAAUACAGAUACAGGCGCUUUGAGAAAUGCAUCGUACCAAAACUUAGGUGUAAACUUGGAGAAGCUUUAUAAAGUAAUGGCAGACCUUUCUCAUGACUUACAGGUUCAAGGUUUGUGGAAAUUAUUUUGCACAUUAGAGCUUCCACUGAUCAAAAUUCUGGCAGUGAUGGAAACACACAAAAUACAUGUGAACAAACAAGAACUGAAAAAAACAUCAGAGAUUCUCGGGUUGAGACUCAAAGAGCUUGAACAGGAAGCCCAUCAAAUUGCUGGAGAACGAUUCCUUUUGACCAGUAGUAGUCAACUCAGAGAGGUACUAUUUGAAAAGUUAAAACUGCAUACACUGUGUGAGAAAAUUCCAAGAACUGAAAGGCAACAAGUGGCAUCCACUUCAGAAGUCGUGCUGAGUAAGUUGCAAGAUCUUCAUCCUUUGCCUAAGAUAAUGUUAGAAUACCGGCAGGUUCGUAAGAUAAAAUCAACCUAUGUGGACGGACUACGAACAUGUAUGAGAAAGGGAUUUAUUUCCUCUACAUGGAAUCAGACAGGAACUGUGACUGGCAGACUUUCAUCUAAACAUCCAAACAUUCAAGGUAUCUCUAAACAUCCAGUGAGAAUUAUAAAGAAACAGUAUAUAAAAGGAAAAGAAGAGGAAAUAGUAACCAUUUCCCCAAGAGCAUUAUUUGUUUCAAAGAAAGGAUAUACGUUUUUAGCAGCAGAUUUUUCCCAUAUUGAAUUAAGAAUCCUUGCUGACUUAUCAUCUGAACCAGAGCUUCUGAAACUGUUCCAAGAACCUGAAACCACUGAUAUCUUUACCACACUGGCUUCUCAGUGGAAGGGGAUUCCAAGUGAAGAAGUGAAACAAGCUGAUAGAGAGCAAGCAAAGCGUAUAGUUUACUCAGUGGUUUAUGGAGCAGGUAAAGAACGUCUUGCUGAAUGCCUGGGAAUUACUCCUCUUCAAGCCAGUCACUUUAUAGAGAGUUUUAUGCAAAAAUACAAGAAAGUAAAUGAAUUUACAAAGAAAACCAUUGAACAGUGCCGAAAGAAAGGUUAUGUGAUUUCCAUUAUGGGGCGUAAAAGACCACUGGUUAAUAUCAAUGCGCAGGAUUAUAAGCUACGCACUCAAGCAGAGAGGCAGGCUGUCAAUUUUGUUGUUCAAGGAUCUGCAGCUGAUCUUUGUAAAAUGGCUAUGGUUGAAAUUUUUACCUCUGUUGUCACUUCUCCAACUUUAACAGCCAGGUUAAUUGCUCAGAUUCAUGAUGAGUUGUUGUUUGAAGUAGAAGAUUCUCAAAUCCAGGAAUUUUCAGCAUUGGUAAAAAGAACAAUGGAAUCCCUGCAGCAAACUACAGCCUUGGAAGUGCCACUAAAGGUUCCCUUGAAAGUGAUUCUUACCACUGGGAAAUCAUGGGGGUGUAUGACAGAAUUGCAGGAGAUGUAAAGCAGUCAUCGGGGAUGUUAUUCAGUACCCGUACACCUCAUUGGCCUAUGCUGAUUCCUCACUGAAUCACUAGGCAACAGCGCUGCUGGAUCUUUCAUAAGCACCUAAUACUCUGCAUGUGAAUUUUUUUACUUCAUUUUGUCUGUAGCCCUAGGCAACAGCAGUGAGAUAAAACUGGUUUUUACCAGUUCAUUGUGUUUCCUUUAGCCAAGGUAACCAGCAGGGAGCUGCUUUUGUUCAGAGCUAAAUUACUACAUGUAAGAAAUGAAGCAAGACAAUAUUAACCCUUUGGGAACGCGACAAAUAUAUUUGAGUUAGAUGGAUGUUUAGAUUUUAAUAUUAAAUAUUUUGUGAAGUGAUUGUGUAAAAAUACUUCUAAUCUGAUGUUAGAAAGACACUAUUUGAACUGUAUCAGCAGCUGCUCAACUGUUGUGUUCAGCUUAUUUUACACUUUGUGAGUAGACGGCAGCUGCUGGUAUACUGAAUGUCGUUUUCCACAGACUUAGAAAAGAGUUCCUUAGAAAUUGAGAGUUUUUACCUUAAUUUGUUUUUAGGAUUUUAGAGUUAAAGCAAGUAAACAAAAACUGCAUUAACUGCAUUUAAAAUAGCCAGAUUGUUGCCAAUACAAUUAAUUUUGAAAUCCAUUUGUACACUGUACCCUUAGCAUACUUUUGAGGAAGUAUUAUAGUUUUGUCUAAUCUAUUAUUUUUAUUACUGAUGUAAUGCUAAAUAUGGUUAUAUAAAUUUGAGAUUCAGACUUACAGUUUUUAGGAUUCAGGCUUCUGCUUUAAUAUUUGGAUUUAUUAUUGAUAUUUUGGUGUUCUGUAGAGUUUAUUCUCUAAAGAAGUUUGUUUUAUAAAACAUUACUGGGUGCCAAAUUCUGCCUCCAUGAUAGCUGAAGAAGAGACAAUCCUCGAAGUCUACUAAUUAUUUAGAAGUUGAAGUCAAGCACAAAACUUUUACAAGAUGUUCAGUAUCUUUCAGCAUUAGACCUCAAAUGAUCAAAGUAACAUAAUUUAAAUUUUAAAUGUGUAUAGUUAAAGAAAGUUUGCAGCAGUUUUAAUUUGUAUCCUUAAAGAAUUUUGCAUUAUGCGUAAAGGCAUUAAACUAUUAAACAACAUUUUCUUAUGUUGCAUAUUAAUCAUAUGUCAGCUGAAAUGAGUUAGUUGUUUCUAAAAAUAGAUCCUUAUAGUUAUAGAAGUAGUGGUGGUGAUGUAAGGAAAAUCAGAGCCUUCUGCAUAUUAAUUGUGGGCCAGCUCUUUGGCUGGGGGGGUCCAGCCUGCGUGGCUGUGACACUGCACCAGGUCAGGCGAGCAGCGGGGCUGAUUCCACCUUUCCAACAGAGAAGA